AUGAAGUUCUUGAAGACCUCGAGAGUGUGCCUUGUCACCAGGGGCCGCUAUGCCGGCAAGAAGGUUGUCAUCAUCCAGCCCGUUGACACCGGCUCCAAGAACCACCCCUACGGCCACGCCAUCGUUGCCGGUAUCGAGCGUUACCCCAGCAAGAUCACCCGCCGCAUGUCCAAGACCAGACAGGAGAAGCGGUCGAAGGUCAAGCCCUUCAUCAAGGUCAUCAACUACAACCACUUGAUGCCCACCCGCUACACUCUCGAGCUCGAGGGUCUCAAGAACGCCAUCUCCGCCGAUACCUUCAAGGAGGUCUCCCAGCGUGAGGACGCCAAGAAGAACGUCAAGAAGGUCCUUGAGGAGCGCUACACCAGCGGCAAGAACAGAUGGUUCUUCACUCCUCUCAAGUUCUAAAUCGUCCUUUUUUCCUGAAUCGGCUGGGCGGGGCGAACGGGUUUUUGGGGCUGUAUUCAGCAUUUACGGAAUAAAAAUCUGAUGGCUCUUCAGCUGAGAAUUUGACGGCAUGAACGAACCACACGUGUGUUCCGGGCGUUCUUUGUCACGUCGCGUUUAAAUCCCUUGGUCCAAAAGGUGCAUGAUAUCCACAACCGGUACGCAAAUGAAUGAUGACCGGGGCCCGGAGAGGUAGAACCACGGGCUGGGUCCGAUAGAGGGGGGAAAUGCCCGCGGGAAGGUUGCGUGGUCCGUCAGUGACUUGAAGGUCCUGGACAUGAAAUGGGCACGCUUACCUUGGACGAUGAAUCGAGCUUGUUGAGAAUGCCUGCUGGUCCC